UCUACUCCUAUCUCUCUAAUCUCUAUCCCCCUCGGAAAAGAAAAAAAAACACACACACCCCAUCCACAACACAACCAAAACAAUUCCUCCAAAAUCUCAGAAAUGGGGUUUCCAGCAGGAUACACGGAGGUGCUCCUCCCCAAACUAUUCCUGACCGCUCUUUCUCUCCUCGGCUUCCUCCGCAAGUCCGUCCUCUCCCUCCUCCGCCUCCUCGGCCUCGCCUCCUUAAUCGAGCCCGCCUCCCCCUUUGAGCCCGACCAUCCCGAGCCCGGCCCGGCCCUCUCGGAAUCCUCCGCAGCAGCCCUCAUCCGGGAGAUGCUCCCCGCCGUCACCUACGCCGAGGCAAUCGCCGCCGGGCCCGACGAGCCCGGCCCGUCGGAGAGCUGCGCGGUGUGCCUGCACGAGUACGAGAGCGACGACGAGGUGCGGAGGAUGAGAAACUGCCGCCACAUGUUCCACCGAUGCUGCGUGGACCGAUGGAUCGACCACGAUCGAAAGACGUGCCCGUUGUGUAGGAAGCCGCUGGUGCCGCAUGAGUUGCAGGAAGAUUUCAAUGAGAAGCUUUGGGCUGCUUCUGGGAUACCUGAUUUUUAUUCUGAAUAUUCUCCUAUAACUAAUUUCUUAUAGUUUUCAACAAGAAGAAGAAAAAAAAAAAGUAAAUAGCAGUUUUUCUUUCUAUUGGCUAACUUAUUAGGUCGGAAUUUUUAGGUAGUUUUUGAACUUAAAAAUUAGGUCUUGAAUCCGAGAUCUUUUCGAGCUAAGUUAGUUAAGGUAUAAAUUACUGACUCCAGUUGAUCGAGUCGUAUGAGAUGUACAUAUUACUCCUUAAUACUUACUACAAUGAAAAUGGAAAUGGAAAGGAAGACAAAAUUAAAAUCCAUGUUCUUACAUGGAACUUUAGUUAUUACUAAUUGAUUUUGAUA